GUCACUUUUAUUUCCAUCAUCCCUCCCCAUAUUCUCGUUUCUAUAGCAUUACUAAGAACACCACACGCCUGUACAUCGCGUGACGCAAUAUCCAUUGAGUACUUGCACCCAGGUAAAGUUGCUUAUGGUAUGAUGACCGAUCAUGCAAAGAGCACUGCAUUAAAUAUACCGUGCCUAUUCAUUAUCCAUGCUAACCCACCAAAUGACCGACCACCGAAAGCGACGCAACGCAACGCCCCGAGACCUACACCACAAGGAGCGGAUAUCGCGCCGUCCAAUUCCCCCCAUAGACGCAACACACGCCCCAAAAAUUGACAAAGAAGGAAAGUACAUGUAAUCUGAAACUAGACAC